CGGAAGCCGUAAUACUAACAAGGGACAAAACAUCCGCUUCGAAAUCUCAAGGCUAACGUGAAGUCGAAUGACCUAUAUAUACAAGAAUCAUGUCUCGAACAAUGAACUCGAAUCAACUCACGAGUCUUCAACAAGUUCUCCGCUUCUACACUCAACUCAAGUUCUACUUCACUCUCAAACAUCAUGUCUAUUCCUUGGAACGACGAUUCAGUCUUUGAGUCAUACAACCUCAUUGAAGAGACAUUCAAGACAGUCUCAUCUCAUGAUAUCAAAACAGCCAUUCUAAUCCCCAAGAACCUCAAGCCAGGCCACCAUCCAAUCAUCUAUCACAUUCACGGCGGCUUUCUCGUCAUGGGAAGUGGUUUGUUUGGACCUUUCUUCCCAAGGUGGGUUGACAAACUUGCGCUCCAAAACUCUGCCAUCAUUGUCUCUCCCGACUACAGACUAUUGCCUUCUGCGAAUGGUCUGGAUGAUGUUCUUGAGGAUGUCGAAGAUGGGUGGCAGUGGACCAAGAAUACCUUGCCUGGGAUUUUGAAGGAAAAGGUUCCUGGGCACUCUAUUGACUUUUCGCAUGUCCUUCUUGCUGGCGGAUCAGCUGGUGGAUACUGCUCAACUCAGCUGGCCCUCUCUCACCCUGAUGAUUUCCACUCUCUUGCAGUCGUGUAUCCUCUGUUGGACACCAAAGACAGACUCUACCUCGAAGGUGCCCUCCCCGACGAACCAACCGUGUUGCGCAUGCCAUUAGAAGAAAUUCCAUCCAUGGAAGACACUCUAGCUUGGAUUGAAAAGACGCGCAAAGAACCUGAAUCAAGAGCUGGUUUUGAGAGAACUCCCUUCGCAGUCGCAGCUUGUCAGCGGGGUAUUUUCUCGUCUCAUAUGUUGGAUAACAAAGGCCUUGACAAGACGGAAUUCCAUCCUUUGGAAAGAAUUGAAGCUGGUGCUAAAUUGCCCAAGCAAAUGUGGAUCAUGCAUGGAGACGAUGACUCGACGGUCCCAAUCCGUGGCUCUCAAAAGUUUGUUGAUCUCGUUGCUAAGAAGUUGCCAGCGACUUCUGUGCGAUAUGAUCCUGUUAAGGGCGAGGAUCACGGAUUUGAGUUUGAUGAGAAGAGAUGGGAGUCUUUUGCUGAUGAGGCACUUGCCUUUGUGAGAGAUGCUUGGUUGGCCUAGGCUUGAAUUGUGGCUUGGGGGUUCAUAUGCAGCUCAACAUGCUGAUGACAUUUCUUUUGUACUUAGACUGAGUUAUAGAAUAAUUCAAACUUCUCCUUGGAUUUCCUUCUCUACUAAAUCAGCGGGUAUGUCAACUGAUACUGUCUCGGACAAAUGCGUCCCGCAGUCUCACCUAUUGGUUAUUUGACAAAACCCGCUGCUCUUUUACAACUUGAGAGAGUAUGAUUGGUGCAUAUAUUGCUCUGCCGAUAUGUUUUCUAUAUGAUGUCAAUUUUGCUUAGGAGGAAGAUGAUUCGGUGACAGACGGGGCUCAAAGCUUGAAAUGGCUACUUUCUAUGUUACCGUGUUCCAUUGAUUUGCUUGAAUUGAAUGGGAUAAUAUUGCUAGUUGACCAUCAAUUGACAGAAUAUUCUGUCAACAGAAAUGAAAUAAUUUUAGAGAUGGCAAACAUGUGAAAAGACCUUCGUGGAGAUAUCAUAUCUC